AUACAACAAUAACAAGACUACAUCCCUACAGAUCCCCAGCAGAGACAGGCUUGAUGGGAGCUCCAGAUGGGGCCAUGGAAAACGAUGCUUUGUUGUUAAGAGCAACCAUCACCACAGCUUGCACGCAUCUCACAUGACUUCCUCGUGAUGUGACGUAACUGGCAAAACAAUAUACAGUUGUCGAUUCAGUUGCAAGUGCAGUACAGCCCGAGCCCUGGAAAAAAGCUUAUUCAGCUCACGGGAAAGAAAAGGUACUAUGUCUCGCGACAUGAAAAAGCUUACUGGGCUCGUGGCAGCUACAUUCACACCUCUCACUACAGAUGGGGCGAUUAAUCUCUCUGUUAUUGGGUCAUACAUUGAUUAUCUUACAGAGAAACAGAGUGUCAAGAAGGUGUUUGUAAAUGGCACAACAGGUGAAGCUUGUUCUUUUACUGUGGAUGAAAGAAAGCGUCUUGCUGCCGAAUGGUGCCUACAGGGCAAGGGCAAACUCGAGCAGGUUAUAGUUCAUGUUGGCUGUAUGAGUAUAAAAGAUACUCAAGAACUGGCUCAGCAUGCCUCCAGUAUAGGGGCGGAUGGUAUAGCAGUAAUCUCCCCUUCCUACUUCAAACCCACUAAUGCAGAUGCAUUGAGGAUGUUUCUAAAGGAAGUGGGAGCCUCUGCUCCAGAUCUUCCGCUAUAUUAUUAUCAUAUUCCAAGCAUGACUGGAGUUGCUUUGGAAGUGGCUGAUGUGCUUAAUGGCAUUGAGAAGAUGAUUCCCUCGUUUAAGGGAGUGAAAUACAGUGGAACUGACCUUAGGGACCUUGGACAGUGUGUCUGUUACAGCCAGUCCCACAACUGGUCUGUCCUGUAUGGAGUAGAUGAACAACUCUUGGGUGCUUUGGUACUGGGUGUUCAUGGAGCUGUAGGAAGCACAUAUAACUACCUCGGAUGCAAAAUGAAGCAAAUGCUUUCUGCUUUUGAUGAGGGAAACAUGACGCAGGCCAGAGACAUACAGUUUAAAUGUAUGGACGUUAUCACAUUUGCCAAGAACCUUGGUUUUGAUGUGGCCGUGAAUAAACAGGUGAUGAGUGAACUGUCAGGGUUAGCGCUGGGUCCUCCCCGUCUUCCAAUGCUGCCCUGCCCCAUCUCAAAGGCCCAGACUAUAGCACAGAAAAUCAAGGACUCCUUUUGUUUAACAUAACUUUACAAAGUUCAGAAGACAGGUUUGACUUAAUCAACAGUGCUAAUGACCUUAAAAUUGCUGAAUUUGUAAAGAAUUUUUAUACAUACACAGUUGAAAUUUACUUUUCUGAAAUGUACAUUUUGUAUGUUAUACGCUUGAUCUUUUAUUGUUUUAUGUUUUUCCUAUAACCACAGAAAAAUGAAAUAAUUAUUUCUUUCUGAACUUUCUUAAUAUUUUAAUAUUGUAUUGUUUUUGGUGAUUAAUGUAAUGACUGUUACAUUAAUUGGCGACUGAGGUCAGUUCCACAGCUCUUGCUGUGUCACUAUUGCACCCUUGUGUAAGACGCUUAUCAAAGCAUUUCUACAGUUUGUAACAAAUUACAUUCCUCACAAAACUUGUACUGUAAGGCAUUUCUUGCAAAACGUGUACUGCAAGUAUGAAAAUCCACUGCUCUGACAUGCAGAAUAGAAUCAAUGUAUUAACCUUUUAUCAAGUUACUAGAACUGAUACUGUACUAUCGUACUACUGUACUAUUAAUACACUAAAUUCAUAUUUGCACAUGUAACUCACAUUUUUGUAUCAUUUUGUAAUAACACAAUACAGGGAAAAUUUUUGUAUUUCAAGAAAUAUGUUUACAUUAAAAUGAAAGUAAUUAAAUAUCAGUCAUGUGUUUAAACAUUCUGUGUUGUUCUGUUUCAGGCUGUAGAUUGUAUUUAAAA